UCAACUUUCACAUCUCAGUGCCGACAGCGUGGGUUGACGUAUUGCAGUUCAGUUACUGUGGAGAUAGGUUGGAAGAUUAAUAAUGUUGACCAGAUGACCAUCAAUAGACACAUUGGCUAUCUGCCCAUCAUGGUCAAGUCUGAGAUAUGUCACCUGCAUGGACUUUCACCUUCACAACUGGUCAAGAAAGGAGAAGAGGCAGAGGAAGCAGGCGGCUAUUUUAUAAUGAAAGGCCUGGAAAGAAUUAUUAGAAUGUUGAUCAUGCCAAGAAGGAAUUAUCCACUGGCCGUAGAGAGGAGAGCUUGGUCGGACAAGGGCCAGUUCUACACAGACUAUGGAGUAACCAUCAGAUGUGUUAAGCCCGAUCUCACAUCGUCCUGUACAAACACCUUGCACUACCUGACGAAUGGAUCCGCUGUUCUCAGUUUCUCCCUCAUGAAACAAGAAUUCUUCGUGCCGGUCAUCAUCAUCAUCCGAGCCAUCAGCAGCCGAACCUCCGACGAUUACAUCUACGAGGAGAUGAUGAGGGGCGAAACCGAUAGGGAGGGCAGUUUUUUGGGCUCCUGCGUCCGAAACAUGUUGAGGGACGCACAUAGGGAGGGCCUGGCCACGCAAGCCAAGGUACUCAAUUACAUGGGGGAACUUUUCAGGGUGAAGUUGGACCUACCCGAAUGCUACACCAACGAACAAGUGGCCAAAUACCUCAUGGACAAACUGGUUUGCAUUCACCUGACUACAGCUCAGGACAAAGUCAACUUGUUGAUUUUCAUGACGAGGAAAUUGUUUGCAUUUGCGAAAGGAAAGUGUUGUGCGGAGAGUCCAGACAGUCUGAUGUUCCAGGAAGUUUUGCUGCCUGGCCAUUUGAUGCAGCUCGUUCUACAUGAAAAACUCCAAGAUUGGUUGAACAACUUGAGGGCUAACAUCCUCAGGGCUAAAAAAGAUGCCGUGGAGUUGGAUGAAACCCUUUUGAGAUCAGCUCUGCGACGAGUGCCUGACAUUACAAAUCCACUUCAUUACAUGAUAUCCACAGGUCGGAUCGUAUCCAAAACCGGAUUGGGAUUGAUGCAGGACAGUGGGAUGACAGUUGUUGCCGAAAGACUGAAUUACUACAGAUUCCUCUCUCAUUUCCGGGCUGUCCACAGAGGAACAUUCUUCACGACAAUGCGAACGACAACGGUCAGAAAGUUGUACCCAGAGACUUGGGGCUUCAUGUGUCCAGUGCACACACCUGACGGUACACCUUGUGGUCUUCUAUGCCAUCUUACAUAUUCAUGUCAGGUGUUUGCAUCAAGCAGACCUGGUGUGAACAAGAUUUUAUUCGACAAUCUAGUCAGUUUGGGUGUCACUCCACUGGACUUCAUGGUGACGGGCAGAGAUGGAUACGACGGAGACCUGCCAGUCCUCGUUGAUGGGGUGGUCCUCGGGUGGGCCAAGUCUUCUAACGCUGAACUGAUUGCAUCUGGCUUGAGGAAGAGGAAAGUGCUUUCUAUCGAAGGGGUUCCAAAGGACACGGAGAUCUGCCUGGUACCAAAUAGGGACGUUGCGGCCCAGUACCCCGGCCUGUAUGUCUUCACAUCGCCUGCCCGCCUCGUCAGACCCGUCCUCAACCUCGGCACCAAUUCAGUCGAGAUCAUCGGAUCCUUCGAACAAGCCUACCUCAAUAUUUGUAACAAGAUGAGUGAAGCUUAUGAAGGGCUGACAACCCACAUGGAGCUGCACAAGUUUGCCACACUGUCUGAGUUGGCCUCCCUCACACCAUUCUCCAACUUCAAUCAAAGUUGCAGAAACAUGUACCAAUGUCAGAUGAGCAAACAGACCAUGGGCACUCCCCUGCUGGCCUGGCCCUACCGAAAUGACAACAAACAUUACAGAAUCUCAACUCCGCAGACUCCACUCGUCAGAACUGCAAUCUACGACUACCUUGCCCUCGACGAAUACCCCAUAGGGACCAAUGCUGUUGUAGCUGUCAUGGCGUACACCGGUUACGACAUGGAAGAUGCUAUGAUCAUCAACAAAGCUUCGUUCGAAAGGGGCUUUGCCUUUGGCACCAUCUACAAAACUGAGACAGUUGACUUGAAACAAAUAACAGGCGAACGAAACCUGGAUUACUAUGAGUUUGGUGAUGAUGCUAGCGUGAAAGACAAGUUGGAUACAGAUGGAUUCCCUGCCGUCGGUUCUAUCAUCUCGCCUGGCGAUCCUUUGUACAGCUACAAGGAGUUGAACAUGAACACGUAUGUGGUGGUGAGGUACAAGGGCAAGGAGGUGGCCUACGUAGAUCAGGUCAAACUCUGUGGGGAUGAGAAUCCCAAAAUUAAGUGCUCCCUCGUUCGCAUCGUUCUCCGGAUUAUGAGGAAUCCAACAAUCGGCGAUAAGUUUUCCAGCAGACACGGUCAGAAAGGUAUUUGCAGGUCAGUUUGCUCAUGUGUCCAUUCGUCUUUCAUCUCUGUAAUCCAUUCGUCCAUCAAUCUGUUUACCUUCAACUCCAUCCCAUCUGCCAUUCAUUCAUUCAUUCAUUCAUUCAUUCAUUCAUUCAUUCAUUCAUUCAUUCAUUCAUUCAUUCAUUCAUUCAUUUAUUCAUUCAUCUAUUCAUCUUCUUAUUUACUCAUUCAUCUCCAACCAAUCCUACCUGCAGUCACUGGAUACAACUACCACGGCACGGAGAUGAUGUACUCUGGCAUCGCGGGAAACGCCCUGGAGGCUUACAUCUUCACAGGAGUCGUCUACUACCAGAGACUCAGGCACAUGGUGCUCGAUAAGUGGCAGGUUCGAUCGACUGGGCCAGUUGACAGCAUAACCCAGCAACCAAUUGGAGGCAGGAAGAGAGGUGGUGGAGUGAGGUUCGGUGAGAUGGAGAGAGACGCCCUCAUAGCUCACGGUUGCUCAUUUUUACUACAAGAUAGACUUAUGCAUUGUUCAGAUGGAGUUGAGAUGGCAGUAUGCAGCGGGUGUGGCAGCCUCAUCUCCUCCAUCUACGGACCGCCCGAGUAUAGCGACAUGGAGCAAAGUGAUUGGUCGUGGAAAUGUCUCGUCUGCUCGGCCAGCAAAAACGCCAUCGGAGUCGUGUAUGCUCCAUCUGUUUUCAGAUACAUGACUUCCCUACUUGCUUCUGUUAAUGUUAAGGUCAAGUUGGAUGUAAGGCAACAAUAA